AUGCUACAUAAAGAACCUAAGCAAUGUGAAUUAAGGAAUGCUUUAGCUGAUUGGUUAGUAACAGAUUCUCAACCUUUUAAUUCAGCAAAUGGAGAAGGAUUUUUACAUAUGAUUAAUAAGCUUGAUCCUGCAUUUAAGUCACCAUGUUAUGUAAUGAUCAAAAAAGAUAUUGGUUAUAGAUAUCAAGUUGCAUUUCAGGCUAUAAAGGAAAUGAUUACUCAUAUUUGUGAUACAGUAGCUAUAACUACAGAUCUUUGGACAUCUCAUGCAAAAUCAGAUUAUAUCAGAAUUACAUGUCAUUGGCUUACAGAAAAUAUGGAAUUAUAUGAUAUAUUAAUUUAUAGUAAAGUAAAUGUAGCAAUUACAAACAAUAGUAGUAACAUGAUUAAAGCUAUCCAUGAAUGGAAUGGUGUUAAUCAUAUUCCAUGCAGUGCACAUAUAUUGCAGCUUUGUGUUAUUAAAGGGUUAGAAAAAAUUAAACUACAUACCAAACAAUUUAAGGAAUUAAUUUGA